GCUCUGAGAAGUUCUUGUGAAGCAGAUGAUCCGAUCUUUCCUUUUCUUCACCAAUUUUCUUCUUUCACACAGAAGCAGAUACUCUGCAAAUCCACAGUAACUCAAGAAGAGAUAGACGUAGACAGAACUAAAAAAGUCUUCCAUUUCUUUUUUUUUGCCUUUCUGUUGAUCGCUUUUAUUUAUCUGUAAUUAAAAAGCCAUCUUUUGUGUUGAUCCUUUCUGCAUUAUUUUCUUCCUCUUCUUUUCUUAUUGGUCGGUCCAAGAAACUCCUUAUGCAAAGGUUUCUUCUAAAUAAAGAAAAAAACAAAGGCGAGAAAAAUAGAAAGAAACACAACAAAGAAGACUUUCUUGUUCUCGUGUGUUUGUUGAGAGUUAUUUUUUCUAGUUUAUUGAGAUGAGAGCAGAUUUGAUUACAAUACAGCAAACGCUGACGCCGGAAGCAGCGUCUGUUCUCAACCAGUCCAUCGCAGAGGCGACACGUCGCAACCACGGCCACACGACGCCUCUCCACGUGGCGGCCACGCUCUUGUCAUCCUCCUCUGGCUUCCUCCGACAGGCUUGCAUCAAAUCCCACCCAAACUCCUCUCACCCACUCCAGUGCCGAGCUCUCGAGCUCUGUUUCAGCGUCGCACUCGAACGCCUCCCUACUACCACUUCUUCUCCGUCGCAAACGCAGGAGACGCCGCUGCUCUCAAACGCUCUGACCGCGGCUUUAAAACGCGCUCAGGCUCAUCAGCGUCGCGGUUGCCCCGAGCAGCAGCAGCAACCGCUUUUGGCGGUUAAAGUCGAGCUCGAGCAGCUCAUCAUCUCGAUUCUUGAUGACCCGAGCGUGAGCCGGGUCAUGCGCGAGGCUAGCUUCUCUAGCCCCGCUGUUAAAUCCGCGAUCGAGCAGUCGCUUUUUGGUAACUCGAGAAAAGCCGGAACCGUUAACCAAUCUGGAAUUGGGUUCGGUUAUCGACCGGUACCGGUACCGGUUAACCGGAAUCCAUACCUCAAUCCCCGGUUUCAGCAAAACAACCGCUCAGGUCAGCAGAGCACAGACGAAGCUAAACGUGUCGCGGAGGUGAUGACCCGGACCCGGAAGAGAAACCCGGUUCUCGUCGGCGAGUCGGAGCCUCGAGUUCUCGUGGAAGAGAUUCUCGGGAAGAUCGAGAGCGGCGAGUUGCUUCGCGACUUCCAGGUGAUCCGGUUAGAGAAGGAGUUAGCUAGGUUUGGUGAAAUCUCCGGUUUAGUGGAGAACCGGUUAGGUAACUCGAAGUUAACCGGUGGUGUUGUUAUCGAUCUCGGCGAUUUGAAGUGGUUAGCGGGGAAUGGUGGCGGAGGAGGAGCUGUUGCGGAGAUGAGGAAGCUUUUGGAGAGAUACAAAGGAAGGUUGUGUUUCAUUGGUACGGCCACUUGUGAGACUUAUCUACGUUGUCAAGUUUAUUACCCUUCGAUGGAGAAUGAUUGCGAUCUUCAAGCGAUUCCGAUCGCUGCUAAAUCGCCUCUUCCGACCAUGUUCCAAAGGCUUGCGAGCAGUAAUAUCAUCUCAAAGGAAUUAAUAAUAUCUCCGACAAGAAGCAUUCAGAUUCCGACAGGAAAAAUGAGCUGCUGCUCUCGGUGUUUGCGGAGUUAUGAGAACGACGUGGCGAAAUUGGAAAAUUCCUUAACCGGAAAUAACCGGUCGGUCUUGCCACAGUGGCUGCAGAACGCUAAAGGCGAUGACGUAGGUUACAAGAAACUUACGAAAGAUCAAGAGACUGUGGAGUUACAGAAGAAAUGGAACGACUUGUGUUUGCGUUUACAUCCAAAACCAAACUCAAGAUCGGACAUAACUCCACCAGGGAGUCCGGUCGGCACAGAUUUGGUUCUUGGACGGUCCAACAGAGUUGUAUCCUCACCAGACAAGAAGACUGGAGAUUCGUUCGAUAUCGAUUUAUUCAAGAAGCUACUAAAGGGCUUAGCUAAAAGCGUUUGGUGGCAGCACGACGCAGCUUCUUCAGUAGCAUCAGCCAUUGCAGAACACAAACACGGAAACGGGAAGUCAAAGGGAGAUAUUUGGUUGAUGUUCACUGGUCCAGACCGAACCGGGAAGACCAAAAUGGCGUCAGCCUUAUCAGAUCUUGUCUCGGGAACCGAACCCAUAACCAUUAGCCUCGGUUCUGGUUCAAGGACCGACGACGGUUUAAACCUCCGUGGUAAAACGGCGUUGGAUAGAUUAGCGGAAACGGUUAGGAGAAACCCGUUUGCGGUUAUUGUAAUGGAAGACAUAGACGAAGCUGAUGUGUUGCUGCGUAACAACGUGAAGCUAGCGAUGGAACGUGGGAGGAUAUUCGAUUCGUAUGGGCGAGAGGUUAGUCUUGGUAACGUUAUUAUCAUCCUCACCGCGAACUCAUCGCUAGGUUUAGCUGAAAACGUUGCUCCCAUCGACGAAGCAAGACUAGAGAGUCUUGUUGUGAGCAGAGGAUGGAAGCUGAGGCUGUCUGUUUGCAGAACCCGGAAACGAAAACCGAACUGGCUUUGUAGUGACCAGGCGAAGCAGAGGAAGGAGAUAUGUUUUGAUCUGAACGAAGCGGCUGAGUUUGAUUCGUCUAGUGAUGUAACGGUGGAGAAUGAUCAAGAAGAUGGUAGUAGCUUUGUGCACACGCUAGUGGCUUUAGCUGACGAUGCUAUAAUCUUUAGACCUGUUGAUUUUGGUUUGAUCAAGAACAAGACCGCAGAGUCUUUGAAGAAACGUCUCUCUAAUGGGGAUGGAAUAACGGUGGAGACUGAAUACGAUGCUUUGGAGAGAAUAGCCGGUGCGAUUUGGCUCAGCAAGAUUAGCUUAGAGGAAUGGCUUGAUGAAGCAAUGGGUUCGAGCUUGAAUAGUGUUAAGUCUCGAGUGUAUUCUUUGGAAGAUUCUGUGGUUAGGAUUGAGCUAGAAGAUGAUAUGAGUGGUCGACUCUCCGGAGGUUAUCUUCCGAGUAGUGUAACAACGGUGGUCGUUUAAGUUUUCCUUUUUUUUUGUCCCAGUAAAGGGUAAAUUCGUAAUUAUAAGAGUUGGUAAGGGGAAAAGUUGUAAAUUCUAUUAUCUCCAAACCGUUUUUGGCGGGGAGGGAAAAAGUUCGGUAAUAUAUUAAACAGUAAAAACAGUAAAAAAGAGGUUAUGAAAAAGGUUAAUGUUUA